GCGUACGUGUUACGCACGACGUCGGGUGCUGUGGAAACGGCAAUGGCGGCGGACUGCACGAAAGUGGCCGCGGGCGUGUGGACGGCGCGCUCGGCGCGGGACGGCCUGGACAAAAGCAUCACCCUGCCGCCCGACGAGAUAUUCCGCAACCUGGAGAACGCCAAGAGUUUCGCCAUCGACAUAGGUGGCUCUUUGACAAAGCUGGCCUACUACUCAACGGUGCAGCACAAGGUCGCCAAAGUGCGAUCAUUCGAUCAUUAUGGCAGAGGUCAUGAUGACGAGCCAUUGUAUGAGAUCUCAGUUCAGGAAGAGAUCACUGCCAGACUUCAUUUUGUUAAAUUUGAAAAUGCUUACAUAGAAACGUGUUUGGACUUCAUCAAAGCCCAUCUGGUCAACACCGAGACCAAAGUAAUUAAAGCUACGGGAGGUGGUGCUCACAAGUUCAAGAACCUGAUUGAGAAGAAACUAGGACUGAAAGUGGAUAAGGAAGAUGAAAUGACUUGCUUAAUCAAAGGUUGCAACUUUGUUCUGCGAAAUAUUCCACAUGAGGCUUUUGUGUACGUGAAGCAUGCAGAGCCUGAAUUCCGAUUUCAGACAACACACCCAGACAUCUUUCCCUACCUGCUGGUCAACAUUGGGUCAGGGGUAUCUAUAGUCCGGGUGGAAUCUGAAGACCAAUUUGAGCGAAUAGGAGGAAGCUCAAUAGGAGGUGGUACAUUUUGGGGACUCGGAGCUUUGCUGACACAAACAAAGCGUUUUGAUGAAUUGUUACAACUUGCAUCAAGAGGGCAGCAUACUAAUGUAGACAUGUUAGUUCGUGACAUUUACGGAGGGGCAUAUGAAUCCUUUGGCUUGACUGGGGACCUUAUUGCUAGUAGCUUUGGAAAAUCUGCAACUACAGAUAAAGAAUUCACUAAAGAGGACAUGGCCAAAAGUUUACUUCACAUGAUCAGCAAUGACAUCGGCCAACUGGCUUGCCUGUAUGCCAAACUGCAUAACCUUAGCAGAGUUUACUUUGGUGGUUUUUUUAUCCGAGGACAUCCUGUUACCAUGCACACAAUUACCUACAGUAUCAACUACUUCACAAAGGGUGAAGUCCAGGCACUCUUUCUGAGACAUGAAGGAUAUCUUGGUGCCAUCGGCGCCUUCCUGAAGGGAGCAGAAGAGGACAGUAAGCACUUAUUUCAAUAUCCUAAUCAGUAUAGUUGGGGGGAGAACUAUGCUGGCAGUUCAGGUUUAAUGAGCAGUUCUCCUGAAGUACAUCCAAUGCAGCGGACACGGAGUGGAACGUUUGACAUGUUGGAGAUGGAUCGUCUGGAUCGGCAGCUGGUGAAUCUUCCCCUCCUACACGAUGCAUCAUCGUACGUCCCAGAUACCGUUGACCUCACUGAAGAUGCCAUGGCAAGGGAAUAUUGGCUGAGCUGCUUCGAAGAUGCUUUAGAUGGUGUAGUAAAGCGGGCAGUCGUCAGUCAGCCACAGUCACUGGAUGCCCCAGAGCGAGCAGAGAAAUUUCGCCAGAAAUAUAGGCACAAACUUCAGACAUUGAGGCAUCAACCAUUUGCAUAUGGAUCCCUAACAGUCAGAAGCUUGCUGGACACGCGGGAGCACUGUCUGAAUGAAUUCAACUUUCCAGAUCCUUACUCAAAAGUGAAGCAAAGGGAAAAUGACGUUGCAUUGAAACACUUUCAGAAGGUGGUGGAGAACUUGGACUCCCUGAGCAUGGAGGAGCGCCAGUUUGCAUUAGUGAAAGGUCUCUUAGCAGGAAAUGUCUUUGACUGGGGAGCCAAAGCUGUUUCAGAUGUUCUUGAAACAAAUUCAGCGUUUGGUUUUGAAGAAGCGAUGAAACGACUGCAAGCACGCCCUUGGCUGGUCGAUGCAUAUAAUGACUGGAUCGAGCGACUUAAGGGUCCUCCUCACAAAUGUGCCUUAUUUUUCGUAGAUAAUAGUGGGAUAGACAUAAUUCUUGGAGUUUUCCCAUUUGUCAGGGAGCUGCUGUCCAAAGGCACUGAGGUUAUUUUAGCCAGUAACUCAGGACCAGCAUUAAAUGAUGUUACUUGCUGUGAGUUGACAAUAGUUACGGAGAGGAUUGCAGCAAUGGAUUCAGUCAUCAGGACAGCUUUAGAAAAAGAUAAAUUAUUGCUAGUUCAGAGUGGCUCCAGUUCACCAUGUCUCGAUCUGAGUCGGCUUGACAAAGGAUUGGCGACGGUGGUGUGGGAGAGGAAGACUGACUUAGUGAUCAUUGAAGGCAUGGGCCGAGCUAUUCAUACAAAUUAUUAUGCUGCAUUACGUUGUGAAAGCCUGAAACUCGCUGUCAUCAAGAACGCCUGGUUGGCAGAGCGGCUUGGUGGAAACAUCUUCAGUGUAGUUUUUAAAUAUGAGAUGGCACCAAAGUGAAAAUGUGGACUACUUGCUGAGGAAGGACUUGGCGUUGCACUGACACUGAGAGGGCCGUGGAAUGUAUUGUAAUAUUUUCUGUGAUUAUAUAUUUGCAGAUUGGAAAAAAAGUUAAUAUGGAUCUGCAAAGCUUUUGUGUCAGAAGCAAUAAUAUAUAUUAUAUAUGUACAGCUACCAUAUACUUGUUUUAAGAAAACAUUUAUUGUACAGACACAGUAUUUGUGGAAAUGAAUAUUGUUUUGCUUUUGUUCA